AUGAUAUGUCUUUCUGAAAAACACUUAUAGAAAAUCACAAUUCAUUAACAUAGACCAUUCAUUUAACUUCCACUAAUAUCGAAAUCUAAUGAAAGGCUAGUAAUCAUUCUUUAAAUAAAAAUUUAAGCGAUUAAGCAAUAAAAUUUAGUUAUCAGAAAGAAAUAACUAGUUAACAAAAAACCAAUCCUCUGAAAAGGAUCUAUAUUGUCUCAAAUUACCUAAAAUACAUUCAAAGACUCCAGAAAAAUUGGACACAAAUUCUAAAUUAGCGUAAUCCCAGGUAUAAUCAUAAAAAAUGUAAAUAAUUACUUAUUUUGAGUCCUUAACAUGACCAAUCAUUCGAUAAUUUAAAAAAAUAUAAUAAAUAAAUUAAAGAUAUUUAAUAACGACAUAAUCGAUUUCUUAACAAAAUAGAGGAGUUAUAUAUGAUUACCAAAUAGCAAUAAUGA